AAAUUAAAAUGGAAUCUACAACUAGUAGAUCCAAUUGCAAAAAGCACAAGAGGCACAUACAAUCCCAUGGGGUUUGCUCCAUUUGCCUAAGUGAAAAGCUCUCACAAUUAAUAUCCACACCUAUCACUAAUAACAACAACUCCUUAUCACCUCCACCUUCUUCUUCGUCUUCUUCGUACGAUCUUUCGUCUCUCUCUUCUUCUUCGAACCCUUCGUCGUGUUCUUCUCCGAUGGCGAUCGAAUAUUCGCGCCAACGACUAAUGGAGUCAUCGAAAAGCAGAAGAUCUACUAGGGUUUUCAAGAAUGUUGUGCUCAACAAGAGUAGAUCAAUGGCUUUCAUAAGCGACGAAAACGGGAAGAAUAUUAAACGAGGGUUUUGGUCGAAAUUCUUGCCGAAAACAAGAAAGGGAUUAUUGAUGCACUCAAAGACUAUGAGAGAAAGGGCCAUACAACAUUAAUUCAUUCAUUAGUUGAGUUUUUUUUUCUUUCUUUAUUUAUUUUUUUUAAAUAAUAAUUUAUCUAUCAAGAUCAUAAAAAUAUGGUUGGAUAGAUGAGAAAGUUUGAAUGUGUGAUAGAAAAAUCCUACAAUUAUUUAUUCAUUUGUUAUUUUGCAAAAUUUGUGUUAACUAAUUUCGAUAGAAACAUUACUUGGUGAUGUACUCAAAAGAUGAUUCUUUUAAUUGUAUAUUUGUUUAUUUUUGAAUUAAAUCUAGAUCUGGAUUUAUUUUCUUU